AGGAGGAGUUCUUCUCGAUCGAUUAAACGUAAAAAGUUUGAUGAUGAAUUGGUUGAAAGUAGCCUAAAAAAGACUGCUAAGAAAAUCGCCUCAGCCAAUGAAAUAGCUGCAAUACCUCAAGUUGUGAUCAAAGAUAAAAAGGUACUGAUCGUCUCUAUUAAUAAUAAUAUUCACGAUCCUAUUGCACCAUGCAGGUCCCAUACAAUGAAAAACUUAGGCAGAUGGAAACCAGCCGAUGAUUUGGCUCUGAUUAGUGCUGUACAGCAGACCAAUGAUUUAGCAGCGGUACAUUUAGCUGUCAAAUUUUCUUGUCGAUUUACAUUAAGAGACAUCGAGGAGCGAUGGUAUUCGCUAUUAUAUGAUCCAGUCAUUUCAAAGUUGGCUAUUUCCGCUAUUAAACCUUUACAUCCAGAUACUAUUGCUGCUGCUCAAAAUAAUGCCUUAUGGAGCAAAGAAGAACAACAACUACUGGGUGGCAUAACAUCGGUUAAUUCACCAUCAUUAGAUGUCUUUAAGCAAAUGUUAAUGGACAAUGCAGAUACAUUUCAUACUAGCCGAACACCCAAAACUUUAUAUAAUCAUUGGUUGUUGAUGAGGCAGUAUCGCCUUUUGCCUGAUCAGUUAGUUGAACUCUCUGGUAAACGCGAAACAAUAUCAUUUUCUGAUGUGGAAAGGGAACUUGAUGAUGAGGAGCUGACUGAAAAUCGUGAUGAAAUUUUAGAUAACGAAAUAGCCAUAGCCCAUCGAAAAAGCAAAUUACAAAUUAAAAAAUUAGAAACGGAAUUGCCAAAAUGGCAAGAAAUACUAGACAAGAUCUAUGACGAUGAUACGCCAACAUUCGAUUUCGAUAGCGAUACACUAGCUGUUUUACGAGGACGUUUGGUUCGCUAUUUUAUUCGAAAGAAAGAGGUGACAUUUGGACGUGCUGCUACCGAUGGCGAUAUUGACAUAGAUUUAUCCAUUGAAGGACCUGCUUGGAAAGUAUCUAGGCUACACGGCUACAUAAAAUUAAAGCCAGAUGGCACUUUCCAUGUCAAAAAUGAAGGCAGAAGGCCGGUCUAUAUUGAUGGCAAGCCUGUAACAACUGGUUCACGUUCAACGCUUCCAAACAAUUGUACAUUCGAGGUAUGCGGCUUGAAAUUUAUUUUCUUAAUCAGUAAAACGACUGUAGCGAAGGCAUGUAAUGACCCUGGGCAGUAG